AUGGGAAACCACGUAGAAAAACUGACCCACCUAAGUUAUAAAGAAGUCCCCACUGCGGACCCCACAGGGGUGGACAAGGACGACGGACCCAGGAUUGGGGUUUCCUACAUCUUCUCUGCUGACGAUGACGACUUGGACGACCCGGUGCAGGAUCCCGACAAGCAGGGCACCCUACAGGAAGAUCUGCAGUACGACCACUGCAACGAGGUGGAGUGCUCGGUUUACUACAGGGAUGAGUGCAUCUACGAGAAAGGCUUUGGUUCCGGAGAGCAGCUAACCACCUAUUCCCCGGAGAACCUUCUGAACAAAUGCAAGCCUGGGGACCUUGUGGAGUUUGUAGCCAAGAACCAGUAUCCCCACUGGGUGGUGUAUGUGGGGGACUUCCAGGUGGUGCACUUAUUCAGACUGGAGAUCACCAAUAGCUUCAUGACUGACGCCAGCCAGGGCAGGAGGGGCAGGAUAGUCAAUGACCAGUACAAAUUCAAACCCCUCAGUCCGGAGAUGGUGGUCCAGAACGCCAUGGAGCAAGUGGGGGCCAAAGACCAGGAGCUCAGCUGGAGGAACUCUGAGUGCUUUGCUGCCUGGUGCCGCUACGGCAAGAGGGAGUUUAAGAUCGGUGGUGAGAUCAGGAUAGGCAAGCAGCCCUACAGGCUGAAAAUCCAGCUCUCUGAAAAGAAAAGCCACAUGCUGGAAUUUCAGAGCCUGGAGGACCUGAUCAUGGAGAGGAGACGGAACGAUCAGAUUGGCAAAGCGGCCGUGCUGCAGGAGCUCUCCAACCACCUGCAUGGGGAUGACGAGGUCAGGACCGAUCAUAACGCUAACUGA